GCAAGAACUAAAUGUCAUGAAGGGUCACAUUCUCUCCCAUGUUUUAUGUCGGAGAAACUUCUAAUAAUUCCAAACCUUCCCUGUCAAUUAUCAACAUUAUUAUCUGCUAACAAAUACCAAUCCAUAAAACCUGACAAACCUUAAACAAAUCACCAAAACUAAUCAAUGCUUUAUAACUAACCCAACCUUAUUAAUAUCCAUAAAACCUCCUUUGUACUUCCACACUUCCCAAUUCCUUAUCACAAACAGGAGAUAGAUCACUCUCUGUCAGUGUCAUGUCAACUUUCUACAACACCAAUGUCUUCAUUAGAGAAUUCAAAUGAUGGAAAACUAAAACACUGAUCAAUCAGAACAACAAUAACAACAAGAUGCAGUUGAAAAAUCAGUUUUUCUUCUUAUUAUUCAUCUGUUGCAUUUUCUGUUUCCAUUCUAGCUUUUCUGCUGCAGAAAACAAUGAAGCAUCUGCAUUACUUUCUGUCAAAGCAGGUCUCAUUGAUCCAUUGAAUAGUUUUCAUGACUGGAAGGUUACAGGUGCAGCUCAAGCUCAUUGUAACUGGACAGGUGUCGAAUGCAACUCGGCCGGAGCUGUAGAGAAGCUUAAUCUCUCACACAUGAAUCUUAGUGGAAGUGUUUCCAAUGAGAUACAAAGUUUGAAAAGUCUAACUUUUUUAAACUUGUGCUGCAAUGGAUUUGAGUCAUUACUGUCUAAACACAUAACCAAUCUUACUUCACUCAAGAGUCUCGACGUAAGCCAGAAUUUCUUCACCGGGGACUUUCCGUUAGGCCUUGGAAAGGCGUUGGGACUUGUCACGCUGAAUGCAUCGAGCAACAAUUUCUCAGGUUUUCUUCCUGAGGACCUUGGGAAUGUCUCUUCCUUGGAGAUACUUGAUCUAAGGGGAAGUUUCUUUGAAGGUUCUAUUCCUAAGUCCUUAUGUAACUUGAGUAAGUUGAAGUUCCUUGGUCUAUCAGGAAAUAAUCUCACCGGGAAAAUCCCGGUUGAGAUUGGAAAGCUUUCGUCGCUGGAGUCUAUGAUCAUUGGUUAUAACGAAUUUGAAGGCGGUAUUCCAAAAGAGUUUGGAAAUUUAACCAAGCUGAAGUAUCUUGAUUUAGCAGAAGGCAAUUUUAGUGGUGAAAUUCCUGCUGAGUUGGGAAAGCUCAAGUUAUUGAACACAGUUUUCUUAUACAAGAACAGUUUUGAAGGAAAAAUUCCACCAACUAUUGGAAACAUGACUUCAUUGAUGCUGUUGGAUCUCUCAGAUAACAUGUUAUCUGGAAACAUUCCGGACGAGAUUAGUCGGCUGAAGAACUUGCAGCUUCUGAAUGUCAUGAGGAACAAGCUAUCUGGUCCUGUACCUGCUGGCCUUGGAGAUUUGCCUCAACUAGAGGUGCUUGAGCUAUGGAACAACUCCUUCUCGGGGCCAUUGCCUAGUGACCUCGGCAAGAAUUCGCCAUUGCAGUGGUUGGACGUUUCGUCCAAUUCACUUUCUGGCGAAAUUCCAGAAACCCUUUGCACUAAGGGAAAUCUCACCAAGCUUAUACUUUUCAACAAUGCCUUCAAGGGUCCAAUUCCAACAAGCCUAUCAAAAUGUCCCUCGCUCGUUCGCGUUCGGAUUCAAAACAACUUUCUUUCUGGUACAAUCCCUGUUGGUUUUGGUAAGCUUGGGAAGCUUCAGAGACUAGAAUUGGCUAACAAUAGUCUCACCGGUGGAAUUCCGAACGACAUUGCUUCUUCGACAUCUCUUUCUUUCAUUGAUUUCUCCAGAAACAACCUCAGCUCUUCCAUUCCUUCGACUGUUAUUUCCAUUCCAAAUCUGCAAACGUUCAUGGUCUCCGAAAACAACCUGGAAGGUGAGAUUCCAGAUCAAUUCCAGGACUGUCCUUCACUCGGAGUCCUUGAUCUCUCAUCAAACUUUUUUUCUGGGACCAUUCCAGAAAGCAUUGCUUCAUGUCAGAAAUUGGUGAAAUUGAGCCUACAGAAUAACCGAUUGACCGGUGGCAUCCCAGAAGCAGUAGCAAGCAUGCCUACAUUGUCUAUUCUUGAUCUUGCUAACAACUCUCUAACUGGUCAAAUACCUGGUAGCUUUGGCAUAUCUCCAGCUCUGGAAACAUUCAAUGUCUCAUACAACAAGCUACAAGGUCCUGUCCCGGAAAACGGCAUGCUAAAAGCAAUUAAUCCAAAUGAUCUUGUGGGAAAUGCUGGCCUAUGUGGUGGUUUCUUCCCUCCAUGUGGAAAAACCUCGGCAUACUCAUUAAGGCACGGAAGCUCGCACGCAAAGCGCGUUAUUGUAGGAUGGAUAGUUGGAAUAUCUUCAAUCUUAGCCAUUGGAGUUGCUGCUUUGGUAGCAAGAUCUAUAUACACGAAGUGGUACACCGAAGGAUUGUGCUUCCAUGGAAGAUUUUAUAGAGGUGGCAAAGGGUGGCCAUGGAGAUUGAUGGCAUUUCAGAGACUUGAUUUUACGAGUACCGAUAUCCUAUCCUGCAUCAAAGAAUCAAACGUGAUAGGCAUGGGAGGAACCGGCGUUGUUUAUAAGGCCGAGAUACCACAAUCAAGUACAGCUGUGGCUGUCAAAAAACUGUGGAGAUCAGAAUCAGAUAUCGAGGUAGGAAGUAGUAGCGACGAUCUUGUUGGAGAGGUGAAUCUUCUAGGGAGGCUAAGGCAUAGAAAUAUUGUUAGACUACUAGGUUUUCUUUAUAAUGACACAGAUUUGAUGAUAGUUUAUGAAUUUAUGGUGAAUGGAAACCUUGGAGAUGCCUUGCAUGGUAAACAAGCUGCAAGAUUGCUUGUUGACUGGGUUUCCCGGUAUAACAUAGCACUGGGAAUCGCACAAGGACUCGCUUAUCUUCAUCAUGACUGUCAUCCACCUGUUAUUCAUCGAGACAUCAAGUCGAAUAACAUACUGCUCGACGCAAAUCUUGAGGCGAGGAUAGCAGAUUUCGGAUUAGCCAAGAUGAUGAUUCGGAAGAAUGAAACAGUCUCCAUGAUUGCUGGAUCCUAUGGAUACAUUGCUCCUGAAUAUGGAUACUCCUUGAAGGUAGAUGAAAAGAUUGACAUUUACAGCUUUGGAAUAGUUCUGUUGGAGCUGAUAACAGGAAAGCGGCCGAUAGAUCCGGAUUUCGGAGAAUCUAUCGACAUUGUAGGGUGGAUUAGAACAAAGAUAGACAAAAAUUCACCAGAAGAAGCAUUAGACCCAAGUGUAGGAAACUGUAAACAUGUUCAAGAAGAGAUGCUUUUAGUUCUCAGAAUAGCACUUCUCUGCACUGCUAAGCUACCUAAGGACAGACCCUCCAUGAGAGAUGUUAUAAUGAUGCUAGGAGAGGCAAAACCAAGGAGAAAAAGUGGUAAGAACAAUGAUACAUUAACUGCUAACAGAGAGAUGCCAGUAAUUAGAACUUCACCAGUUAAUGACCUUCUGUAGGAACCGAAAUUCGAGUUUUUCCAAGACAGUAAGCAACCGAAAUCCUCCUUUGUUAUUAGAUCUGUAAUUUUGUUAAUUUCCUGUAAUUUUGUAAUCAAUUUAGUGGCUUACACUUGCUCUCAAAAUAUGUAUAUCAUGAUGGAUUAGUUUUUGCAAACCAUUGUUUGAGUGUUUCAUGAAUUCGAUGCGGCGGCAUAUAUUUAAGCCAAAAAAUCACAAUUCAACAAAUUUUUAUGCAAUUUUUUUGCCAUAAGAUUGUGUACUUUAAGUUCUGAACCACAAGAUUGAAGAAAAACAUUUACACAACAUUCAGAAACACUCUGAUUUGUAUGAUUAGUAGUAUUACAUUAAAAUUUAUGAUGCCUGCAUCAUCCAAGUGAUGAUUUUAUAGAGGCAGUGACAGAUAUGUCAAGUUAAACAAACAAAAACUGAAUCCAGAAAGCCGAAACCAAAAAAAAAAACACGCGAGAUUUAUCAUUUGAAUCUCAAAAUCCAUUUACUUGCUGUACUUCAUUACUUUUUUUGCUUUUUGUUUUUGUUUUUCCUCCUCCUUCUAUCUGUGUUACAUAUAAGGUGGAUAAGUGAGUUCUUAUCCUUAACCAUGAAAACAAUAUCUAUUUCGGCUUGCUUUUCGGUCUGCUGCUCUUU